UCCUCAAAGGGUACACGUUAAAUUGGAGGAUAUUUUUUAAGGAACCAUUAUGAAUUACUGUCUGUUUUUCUUUUUUCUCAUAGCCAUGCCAAAAUGGUCCCUAUCUGAGGUUCAACUUGUGUCAUCGGGGCCUGGAACUGUAAAACCAGGUCAAAAUCUCAAUUUGCUGUGUAAAGUUACUGGCGUCUCCAUCACUGAUGGUAGCUAUGAUUGGCACUGGAUCCGUCAGCCUCCAGGGAAAGGCUUAGAAUGGAUAGCCAGAAUCUACCCCAAAGAUGGGAGAAAAUGGUACUCAUCUUCUCUUCAAAGCCGCACCACCAUUUCUUCAGACAAUCCUAAGAAUGAAUAUUCCCUUCAGCUGAACUCCUUGUCAGCUUCUGACACUGCCGUGUAUUAUUGUGCAAGACAGGCACACUGA